CAGCUUCUUCAUCUGUCAAAUGGGACCAGAUAAUGUGUGUGUUGUGGACGGCGUGCAGAUAGUGAAGGUCGUUUCCUUCUCCUUCCUCCGCUGGGAGCUGUCACUUUAACGUGGAAGGAGGGGCCAAGGCCACUGGGAGCGCUGGUGCCCAGGCAGGCUGGUCAGCCGCGGCCCAGCUAGCCUGGGGACUGCUGGGCAGGAAGCCCACAUUCUUGGGCUCCAGAGCAGAGGUGAGGCCCAGGUGGCCGUGAGAGGAGUCUGGUCUGGGCAGCCUGGGUAACUCGCGGCCAGUGACAUCCCCCACUCAAGAGGUGCCCUUCGAGGAACUGCGUGGAGGUGGCUCAGACUUCGCCCUGUCUGGGGAAUCCCGGAGCCAUCCCAGCAAGGACCCGGGGUCAAAUCGAGGAGCAGGAGACCUGGAACCCGGACCGAAAGUGGACAAGUUCAGGCUUGUGGAAUAUGCUUUUUCUUGGACUCCCUUCUUGUCUGUCACACAUCUCAGAGUUCCCCUCGGAAACAUGCAGAUCCAAAGAGACUUAAAAGACCUCUCCACCAGCCAAGACACACAGGCCCUCCAAGUGGUUGUGGGAAUGGAGUGUUCACGGGCAAAGCAUGCUAAUAGUGAGCACUUCCACAUGGUCACGCCCCUGCUGGAGAGCUGGGCACUGUCCCAGGUGGCGGGCACAACUGUCUUCCUCAAGUGUGAGAAUGUGCAGCCAACUGGCUCCUUCAAGAUCCGGGGCAUUGGGCAUUUCUGCCAGGAGGUGGUCAAGAAGGGAUGCAGACACCUGGUGUGCUCCUCAGGCGGUAAUGCAGGCCUUGCUGCUGCUUACGCUGCUCGGAAGCUGGGCAUCCCUGCCACUGUUGUGCUCCCUGAAGGCACCUCCCUGCAGGUGGUGAGCAGGCUGCAGGGGGACGGGGCUGAGGUUCAGCUCACUGGAAAGGUCUGGGAUGAUGCCAAUCUGAGGGCACAAGAGUUGGCCAAGAGGGACGGUUGGGUGAAUGUUCCUCCGUUCGACCACCCCCUGAUAUGGGAAGGCCACGCCAGCCUGGUGCGGGAGCUGAAGGCAGUGCUGGGGACCCCACCAGGAGCCCUGGUGCUGGCGGUAGGGGGCGGAGGACUCCUGGCUGGGGUGUCAGCUGGCCUGGCAGAGGUGGGCUGGCAGCAUGUGCCCGUGGUUGCCAUGGAGACCCGAGGGGCACACUGUUUCAAUGCGGCCGUCAAGGCAGGCAGGCUAGUGACACUGCCGGCUAUCACCAGUCUGUGCAAAAAAUGGCACAAUCAUGGUUACAGAGUCAGAGGAGUGACGUGCAUUUGUCAGUCAUUCAUGGGACACACAAUUUUGGAGCACCUCCUGGUGCCAGUGUGGCCAAGUGCCUCGGUGCAAGGACUGUGGCUGCGCAGGCCCUGGAAUGCACGCGGGAGUUCAAGAUCUUCUCUGAGGUGGUGGAGGACGUGGAGGCCGUGCGUGCUAUGCAGCAGUUCCUGGAUGAUGAACGCAUGUUGGUGGAGCCUGCUUGCGGGGCAGCCUUGGCUGCCAUCUACUCAGGUCUCCUCGGGAGGCUCCAGGCUGAGGGCCGCCUGCACCCUUCCCUGGCCUCUGUCGUGGUCAUCGUGUGUGGAGGCAAUGGCAUUGACAGCCGAGAGCUGCAGGCUCUGAAAGCCCAGCUGGGUCAGAGCUGAGAGCUCCUGGUCUGGGAUGGACCUUCUGUCGCUGGCUGGGGCCUCUGUCAUGGGCUGUAGUGUACACUGCCCUGGGCUCCUGUGCAAGCCACCUCUUGCAGGAAGCCCUCUUAAUGGCUCCCUUUGGCUACCCUACGGCCCUGGCCAAUAAACACUUUCUAAAUCGAA